UUAUUAAUAAUACGUCCACAGGAUGUUUUUAAACCAAGUGUAACUCUGGAUAGGUGUCCAGUCUGGUCUUUUGGAGGGAUAAAGCCUAAUUUUCUUACUAGGCCAACAAAGCAAGCAUUCUAUCUUGUCUCAGGGUCAAAGAGGUGAGGGAGCUGAGUGCACUGUUUUACCUCUCUGAAUGAUGAAUUGUUGCCUGUCUGAAAUUCUGCCGGCUGAAACUGGAAUCAGACACUCGAGGACAGUUGCUGAUGUAGUUUCCUCUGAGAGACGAGGAGGGAUUCAGCAAAGGUUUAGCCAGGAAAACGUUUACUGUCCCAAAUGUUAGCCUCCAUCCCCGUCAUGGCCUGCCCACUGCUUUGGACCCUGGUGCUUCUGAAGGUUUUUGCAGCUGACUGUCAAGUUUUAGUUCAGCCCCGUAUAGUGGGCGGCUAUGCUCCUUCACCGAACUCAGUAAAAUACAUCGUAUCUCUGCAAACUUCCAAGGGGCAGCAUUUCUGCGGAGGAUCUCUGGUACACAAGUACUGGGUGCUCACUGCGGCACACUGUAAUAUGGGGGUGGAUCAGAUGAUGAUAGUGGCUGGAGACUACGCUCUCGGUUUGUAUGAAGGAACCGAGCAGUAUUUCAAACCGCACUCCCUCAUACCUCACCCACUUUACAACAAGACCACCAAUAAUGCAGACAUCAUGCUUAUUAAGCUGCGGGCUCCGAUAGACCAGAACAGGUAUGUGUCCCUGGCUCCUCUACCCAGACAGAACACGGGUGUGCUGCCUGGCCGGGUGUGCCGGGUGUCUGGCUGGGGCUCCACUAGCCACAGUGGUGGGGAGAUUCCCCCCACACUUCACACUGUCAAACUGCCUAUCGUCUCCACAGCCAAGUGUAACAGCAGCGAGUCCUUCAGCGGAAACAUCACCUCCAACAUGAUCUGUGCAGGAUACAGCACUGGAGGCAAGGAUGCAUGCAAGGGUGAUUCUGGAGGGCCUCUGGUGUGUGAUGGGCGGGUCUAUGGUCUGGUCUCCUGGGGAAAUGGCUGCGGGGAUGCCAGAUUUCCAGGAGUGUACACGGCUGUAUCCAGGUUCCGCAGGUGGAUAGACCAGACCAUCUACAGUUCCUUCACGCGAUGCUACAAACACUAAAUUCCUAAAAAUGUGUUUCACUUUAUGUGUAACAUACAUACCAUUGCCACUGUCGAACAAAAACCUUAACAUCUCCAAAAUGGUUCAUUUACAGGAGGAGGAAAUCUAAUUGUCAUUGUAAAACUUAGGGAUGCAUUGAGCAAUUAGUGAAAAAUAUGUGAAAACACAAAAUUAUUUUGUUGGUAUGUCCGAUUUAAUGUUAAAAAAUGUUCAGUGGUCAAUAGAAUUUUUUUUAAGAAGCAAGACAAAAAUUCCAUUAAUUUUAAUUUAUGCCACAGUGAACAAGUGGUUGCAAAAUAAAUAAAAACUUUUAAAAAAGUAUCCAAAAAGUGUUUAGUUUGGUUUGGUUUCAGUUUCAAAUUGUUUUAUUUUGGUACAUAAAGCAAUUUAAUUUUAAGGCAUUUUAGAGCAUUUUUAUUAGUCCACUUAUCGUAAACAUUUCACACAAUAUAAAGACCAACUAACAGACUCAUAUUAUGUCAAAAAGCCAAAAAUAACAUACAUGUAAACACAAGUUUGUUUCCCAACAGUGGUAUUAUAACAUUUAUAUUUAGCUACUAAUUCUAUCUGUCCAUCUGCCCAUCUGUCUGUCUUUGUUGUAAACAAAUGUUGCAAGCAAAGGAUUGAAAGAUUUAUACUUUCUUAAAACUUCACAGUGUGAGUAUAUAGCUUACUAUAUAACCUAUUUCUUGGCAGGUCAAUACAGGAACAACAUGCAAUGUAUUGUACAUCAUUAACAUUGACAGUGUGCUAAUUUUGUUUCCCAAUAUAAAAAUAAGAACUUUUUUAAGCGCAGUUCUAUUUGCAGCACAUAUCUACAAACCUCAGAACAAAACUGUCAUGUAUUUAUAUCAAUAAAUGCAGAUAAAAAAAAUCACAGGUGUUCA